UUUCUGACCGGUGUUCAGAUAUGUUAGGCUCGCUGCUCGUCGUCGCUGUUUUUACCCGUUUGUCUGCAGAUGUCCAGCCUGUUUUAGGAAACUCCUUCACGUUUCCACAAAACUGCAAGAACGAUGAAGAAGGAAAAUUGCUCCGGGCUGAGCCCCAGGGGGAGGUGGAGGUGGCUGUUCACCAGCGCGGUGUGUGGGCACCCGCCCGGGGCUACCGACACCGGAUCCUUCAAAGCUCUUCCAUUUUGUUCAGGCGCAUAUUUUACAAUGACAGUGGAGUUUAUGUGCUAAGAUGCGGCAGCCGGGAGAUGCGCAUCCAGGUUAAAGUUCUAGUUCCUUUCAAUGUCACCGUGAAAGAGGGAGAAAAAGCGACACUGCCGUGUUACUUUCCAACUACCAGCAAGAAGACUGUCUCUGCACGAUGGGAGAUGAAUCAGCAAGUUGUGUUUGAGUGGAAUUCCUGCACAGAUAAAAGUAACGGCACUGCUGAUGGAAGACUCUCUGGAGACUUUUCCUUAAAACUGCGACAGGCGAGGAAGGAAGAUCAUGGAGAUUAUUUCUGCUAUAAACAAAAUGAAGACGGAGAGAAAGAGGGGGAUCCAUCUGUCGUGAGGCUGAAAGUAAAGAAGAGAGGCCGCGACCAGCAGCGCCGACGAAGAAAACGGGACAAUCGACGAGGACCCCGAGUAGCUGUCAGCAGAGGAGGAACUUUGGUCUGCCAGCCUGGACAAGCUUACUUUCCAGUCAGUCCUGUGGAGGACAUUUGGAUUCUCGGCCUUGUGGGCUGGAUGCUGGUGGAAGCACCCACCGCAGAUGCGUGGACCUUCCUGCUCCUGCGCUCAUUAGUUAAAUAUAUUUCUGGUAGCUGCAUAUUUUCAGCGUCUUAAAAACAUAUCUCUGAAUGUGUUUGAGGAUGCAGGAAAGGGAAUUGAUAUUAAUAUGUAUUUUAUUCUGUUCAUUUAAUCUUCAAGUUUGCAGUCUAAGGAGCUUGGAAAGAAAAGCGUCUGGGGGGGAUACUCCCACUGGGUUUAAA